AUGGCACCAGAGUGGCACCAGAGUGGCACCGGAGUGACAAAAACGGCCCCAGGUGGCACCGAGCCCCGAGGCACGCGGAGUCCCCAAACCCCCCCGGUGUCCCCAGGGGUGUCACAGGUGUCACCCACAGGUGUGUCAGUGUCCCCAGGUGUGUCACACAGGUGUGUCAGUGUCACACAGGUGUCCCAAUGUAUCUUCCUGACGGCGGCGCUGGGCCUGCCCGAGGCGCUGAUCCCGGUCCAGCUGCUCUGGGUCAAUCUGGUCACGGACGGGCUCCCGGCCACCGCGCUGGGCUUCAACCCCCCGGACCUGGACAUCAUGGACAAACCCCCCCGGAGCCCCAAGGAGCCGCUCAUCUCCGGCUGGCUCUUCUUCCGCUACCUGGCCAUCGGAGGUUACGUCGGUGCCGCCACGGUGGGCGCGGCCGCCUGGUGGUUCCUCUUCGCCGAGGACGGGCCCAGCGUCACCUACCACCAGCUGACGCACUUCAUGCAGUGCUCGGAGCACAACGUGGACUUCGAGGGCCUGGACUGCGACAUCUUCGAGUCCCCGGUGCCGAUGACGAUGGCGCUGUCGGUGCUGGUCACCAUCGAGAUGUGCAACGCCCUCAACAGCCUGUCCGAGAACCAGUCGCUGGCCCGGAUGCCACCCUGGGUGAACAUCUGGCUGGUGGGCUCCAUCUGCCUCUCCAUGUCCCUGCACUUCGUCAUCCUCUACAUCGACCCCCUGCCCAUGAUCUUCAAGCUGACGCCGCUGUCGCUGACCCAUUGGCUGAUGGUCAUCAAGAUCUCCUUCCCGGUCAUCCUGCUGGACGAGGCCCUCAAGUUCAUCGCCAGGAACUACCUGGAGGUGGAGGAGCCCGCCCGGAAACGCCGGAAGUGACGAAUUUGGAGACCCCGCCCCCCACGUCUGGGGAGGGGGCGUGGCCAACAACUGCCCCUCCCCCACCUCUAACCCCUCCCCCC